GCUGAGGUGUUUGGAGGCGAAGUAAUGCUGUUAAAUUCCAUUGCCAUUACCAAACAAUAGCUGAGUGGAAACCAUUCAGGGGUCGUGUCCCAAGAAGCUUCACCUCCUUUACCUUGAUUCUCUGGCGGUCUAGACUUCCACCGGCUGGCCGCUUGCUCGCCUCGCCCCCCGGACCGGGACCAACAUGCACAAGUCGCGGCUGGAGAUUGAAAACAAGGAGCUGGACUUCCACUUCGAGAUCGUCAACGUGCAGUUCAACGAGCUGGGCCGCUACGCGCUGAGGCUGGCGGUGGAGAACCCACUGCUCGAAGGCUCGGCCGCCGGCGUCAGGCUGCAGGUCAACGACGGCGGGGCCCUGUGCACCAACUCGGCCACCACCGAUAUGGUGGCCCAGACCAGCCUCGGGGAGAUCCACACGGUCGCCAGGAAGAAAUUCCUCUUCAGGCUUCCUAAAGGUUACUGCCAAAAUGAUAAAAACCACGAUGUGAGGUUGCGUAUCGAGGCCUUUCGAGUCACUGGCUCAUCGCUGAAGGGAGGGCAGAAAGCAGGGGAGGCAUUUUUUGCCAUCUACCCACGCACUGACACACCCAGGAUCAAUGUUUUGGCGAAGGAUGACGAGGACUUCUAUUGCUACAGCAACAUUAUGACGCUGCUCAGAGUGCAGGAUGACGCCCUGUCAAUGCACUGUGGGAGAAUGGCUUAUAAGGUGCGUUUCCAUGAGACGCGACCCCUGAGGGAUGUCCCGAAGGCUGAUUCCACACCACCAGUGAGCACAGACAGAGGUCACGCGCAACCCCUUAGCCCAAGCUUACUGCCAGUGACGACUCGCAAAUCGACUCCACCUCACACCGUGUUAACGCGACAACAGACACCAUUGCCUUCACCCAUUCCUCAGUCCCAACAGGAGAAUGAACCUAAGGAGGGAACUGAUCCUGAACCUUUGCCUGAGCCCCCUGAAGAAAGCCCUUCUCCUACCCCAGUGGUGGACAAUCUUGCAUAUCCGCGGCAGUCCAGUGAUUCCAGCUUCCGUCUUUCUUCUCCGGAACACAUCCCUGCGAGAAGCUUUGAAACACAUCCUUGCAAACGUGUGUUGGAAUCGCCCCCUGGGAAGACCGAACCAACGCUCACAUCUCCCACCACUGAGUGGCACGUCUCCAGACCUGGCAAGCAGUCCAUUAGCAUCAUACUGCAUGGGGCAACUAACCUACCAGCCCUCAGUGAUGGAUCUGUGCCUCAGCCCUUCGGGACAGUUAAGAGUGGCACAGAUGGUGAGGAAAACCAGACAGCCCAGGGUGUUACCCAUGCUACUACCCAGCCCACACACUCCCCGUCCUGGGAGGAGAAGGUUACUGUGGAGAUAGAGGAAGACAUGGCCAAAGAGGAAGUGGUGAUCCUGAGUGUUGCAGACAGCAGAAGCAAGGAGCUCCUAGCCAGCUACAGCCUUCCUGUCCCCUACCUGCAGAUGUUUCAUCAUUACCACCUCGAGCUGAUACAACCACACCCAAGCAUCCCAUCUGGUGUUCGAUUAUAUGUCACUGUCGUUCGAAAAGGCAGUGUUAUUCCUCGACAGGAGGGCUUUGCUUUCACUGGCUUUGAGGUUCUGCUUCGAGCGGUGGAGUACCCAUUGAAGAACCCCUCGGGUCCACUCCUCGCGGUAGCCAGAAUAGUGCCUGACUAUGAAUCCUACAAGUCUACAAUGUUGAUGAGGUCCCCCAGGCUGACUGGCAUCAACAUCACCACAGUGAAGUACCCAAGCCCACACCAGUCUUCCUUCGAACUUGCCCAUCACACCAGCCCAGGCCAUCCACAGGUGUCUCAGGCAGGUUUUCCUCAGGAGCAGCCAGUUUGGGACCAUUCCUUCCUGUUCCAGGGCCGCGACUGUGCCACCAUCUUCACCGUGGGAGCGGCGCUCAUCCUCGAAUACUACUGCAUCUCCUCGGUGAUGAACACCGUCAGCUGGUUCAGCCGCAGUCCCGUGGGGUUCUCAGGGGUGUCUCUGAGCCAGGACGUCUACCACAGGUUAAUGACGGAGAAUGAAGGCCAUGGGCUGAGGGUGGAUGGCCUACCUGUACAGGGAACCAGCCUGAGGACAACAUCCAACACCGCCCCAACCGUGGGCCUUGUCCUCCGCCUCCUUGGCGCCGAGCGACCAGAUUCGAUUCUUGCGGUGACUUAUCCCUCCCGUGUGCCCAGUGCGCAAGACCAAACCCUAAGGAGCCCCCUCAGCCUGAAGCAUCACCAAACCAUAAGCACUUCACUGGCUGCUGUCAACCCUGACACCUCCUCAGGGCUUUGCCUGACAACGACGGAAGAGUGCACCCAAUCACCAGUCCAGGAAAGGGCGGCAGCACCACAUGCAGAGCUUCAGAAGGACAGGGUUAACCUUCCGCCUUAUGAUGCGCUGGCACAAGUACUCCCGGAAUAUGAAUACCUCUUCCGUGCCACCAGUCCAAAGGAAAAACAGAAGAUGGAAAAGAGAGAACAGCAGUCACUCGUCAGAGCUGCUGAACCUCUUCAGACCCAGGAACCUACCUUGCCGUCAACGAAAAGGGAGUCUACAACUGAGGACAAUAUUGGAAACCAAGAAAUUACUCACCAUGAAGCUCAGGAGGUGGAGAAUUACCGGGCCGCGAUGCAGAAGAUGGCCGCUGACAUCAUCAAACUGAGGAAAGACAUGGCGCAACUGGAAGCCGAAAACAGCAAACUGCGCAGUGAGCUGAGCCUGCAGCAGAAUCUGGGCCAAACCUUGCUGGAUGACACAGAUAUCGACGUAAUGACAAAGGCGGAAAUAGUGGACAGAAUCGUCUUAUUAAAACAGAAACUGGCCAGCGAGACUGCGGAGCAUCUAAAGAGCAAAGAUAAGGUGCAGCAGCUGCAGAAUGAAUUAAUCCGGAAGAAUGAUCGGGAGACUGAGCUCUUGCACCUACAGAAAGCCCAUCAGCAACAGCAUGCGGCCUUACAGAAGUACCAGGAUAAAAUACGCAAGUCAAAGAUUCUGGAAGACACCAUACGGCAACAAGAAAUGGUUAUAGAAAAAAUGGAGAAUAUUUUAGAUAAGAAGUUGAAAGAGAGACUGAGAGAAAGGCCUGAUGUUUCCAAGAAAUGCACAGGAGCUACUGAAGACACUGUGAAGAAGGAGGUGGAGGCGGUGUUGCUGGCAGAGAACGCACGGCUGCGGGAAGAACUGGGACAGCUACGAAUGCAGCCUGGACCUAUUAUUCUCCAGCAACCAGUUUAUUCCGUCAAGGAAUCCUUGGCUGACUCAGAGAAACUAAGUUUGCUGGCGCAAUUGGAGAAAGCCCAGGGACGUAUCCAAACGUUGGAGACUCUGUUGGAGGAGAACUCACGGAAAUGGGGACGAGAGAAGCAGAGUAUGUUGACGAGGCUCUCAGAGCAUGAACAUGGUUUCACCAGAACCUCCACCAUGGUGUUCCAUGACUUUCCUUUGAAAAAUGCUUCAGAUUCACAUCUGGCCUGAAAUUGAUAUAGGACGCUUUCUCCUGGAUUUCAGAGGAGGAAUUUAUAAACAGCAUUGUCAGAGGAUAUUUCAACCGGAUGCCUGGUCAUGUUGAAAGCAAAGAAUGUGGCAAGUGACUAAUUCCUUGAUUGAACCGAUGCCAAUAAAAAUGAGAGGAAAAGAUCUGCUUCUUUUCUAAAGAAUCUGGUUAUUUUUGCAUUCAGAAUUCUGACAGAGAAAUACUAAAUGUCAAGGGCUACUUACAGCUAUUUUCACAAAACUGUUAAUGUAAAUUUUUAAUUAUUGGUAUGUGCAUUCUUUAUUAGUAUUUAAUGAUUUGUAGACUGUCCAGUAUAAUUACACUGUAGAAAAAUCUUAUGCAGUUUUAUACAUGGAUAAAAUA